UUUCCACAAUUAAACCACCUCAAAAAUUACAAAUUUUCCAUUUAUCAUGUAAACAAAUUCAUUCAAAUUUUACUACUUUUCCAUACCAUGGAUGUUUCCUGCUGUCCCUACGUGUGCGACAGAUUCAGGCAUUGUUUGAAUUAGUGAUUUGCACGAAUUCGUUCAAGAAUAUCCGGAAAUUCCAACCUAUCACACAACCCAUUGUAGUCCCACCAUCCCAAUUGGAAACUUUGGUGUGCUGGUAACGAGUGGAGAAUGUUUUAAUAUUUAUCCGCAAGAAAAUUGCACCGGGUCCUUUAUUCGGGCCAGCAUGUUGUCCGACACGGCGCUACUUUCAAAAACAUAUCAGUGGACGGGGAAUGACUUGAUCAAGGAGGAUUUGCGCAUAGGAUCAAUCGGCCCUUGUUUUGAUCGGUGUGACCCGAGAAAUUGGCAGGGCGAUGAAAAACACUCGGUUGAGGUCACCUUCUAUGAGUACCACGACUUUAAAGGCCUCGCUACCAACGUCAACCUCAGUGGAGGUUGCGUCACUCUGAAUAAGCAACGUAGAGAAUAUUUAUCCAUCCGUACCCACGGCCAAUGCGUCGUCCUCUACGCUUUAGAAGAAUGCAAAGACACGCGGGGACACCACGUUUUGCAAUCGGAGGGAAAGUCGAAGGAGUAUUAUGUCCAGAAACUUCUGACCGGGACGACUCCAUAUUUUCCGAAAUCUAUCCGGUUAUGUGGAAAUGACCAGCUUGAAGUACGAGAUGACUGUCAUGCAGGCGGAUUUUGUUUAAAGUUGUCGUGUUUCUCGGUUUUAUGGGGAAUUAUACUGUUGAUCUUUGUUGGAAUUAUUUUAAUUUCUCUGUCAGCUUUAGGCGGAGUUCUGAUUUUUAAAUCCUUCGUAAACCAUGUGCACCAGGGUAAUAACACGGCCAUGUUGGAUGUGGUCUAUAAAUCUAAUGUUUAAAGUGUCAUUAAACUUGUUGAACAAAACUUUGCAUGUAAAUGAUAACUUCACAUUUGUUAUGUUUGGGGUGUAGUUAUAUUUACGUAAAGAUUUGUUUCACGACAAGUAAGUAAAUACUUCCUUGUACAAUAUAUUAAACAAAUGAUUAUGUAAUAUUUAGUUUGCUCUAAAUUUACCUAAUAAACUUGGAUAGU